UAGUCCAAGUCUACCACGCCUGUCUUCUUCAGGAACUUUCUCUUCUGUCUGGCUUGUUAGCGUAUACAUAUCGGCAAACUAAUUUCCCCAUUUUUUUAUUUACAAUUAAAAACUCAUAAUAUUUUAAUGGGAGAAUAAAAUAUUCAAGUUGGUGUUGAUAUUCCCCAUUCUUUCCAUUAUUCAAUUAUGAAUAAUCAUAAUAUAAUAAUAUUCUCCUGAAGAAGUAGGUGCCGCUGUUCCAAUGAUAAGGAGGUUGGUCUUGUUUGAAAAUUAUUAUAUCUCAAUCUCUCGGGAUUGGUGUUUGUCUCCAGUUCGGGAGGGAGGACGAGGAGGUGGAGGACUUUGCCUCAGUUUCUCUUCUCUUCUAUCUAUCUAAAGCUUCCCCAUUUGUUUUUGCUUCACAAUUCAUUCCCAGACCACACCUUUCAGGAAUCUGUGAUUGAUCUACAAUGGUAAUUUGUUUCUGAGCAAGACUGGUAAUUUGGGUUUCGUCGCAGGUUAACUCAAGGCUUUGGCUUUGGAGACAGAGGAACCAACCAACCAAGCUAUGGCUACAUAUUUCCAAAAUUUAAGCAACCAAAACUUAUUGAACCCCUCCUAUGCAGGGGAUGAGAAACUUGCCUCUUAUCCUGAACCCCCCGGCAACAUGAUGAUGUAUCUGAAUCAAGCUUCAUAUGCUGCCGGAUCCUACUCUGAAGUCUUGUCCGGCGGCUCUUUCUCGCCUCACAAAUAUGCUGAUUCUGAUGGUGGCAGGAAUGAAAUGAUGUUUAUUCCACCCACAAGUGAUCAAGCCCGAGAUUGUGUUACUGGGGAUUCUUUGAUUGGUAAACAUAUUAUUCAGGAUCAUGGGCUAUCUCUUAGCCUUGCCUCCACACAAAUUCCACCUGCUGUUUCUCUGCCUUCAUUUCAGUACCAGUAUCCAAAUCCAAGUCUCUCUUCGGUUUUGAGCACCUCUCCAAUGCUAGGGAAGGGGGAAAUUUACUGUAAAGGUGUUGAGUACAAUCAAAGUGAGGAGUUUAAGAACUUUGAAAGCUUGACAUCUGGCUUCUAUGGAGGUGGUGGCCAUGAGACUGUCAAAACACAGAGUUUGUACAAUCCUAUGUGCUCAGUGGGAUCCAAAGAAAUGCAUUCCGAAGCAUACUUGUAUGACUCAUUAGGUUCCGCUAGCACCAUGUUAAGCUCCAAGUACCUCAAAGCAGCACAACAGUUGCUUGAUGAAGUGGUAAAUGUCCGUAAGGCGUUGAAGCAGUCUCGAUUGAACAAGCAUCAAAACUCUAAGCGGAUUGGAUUAGAUGGUUCCAAAGAGACUGAUGGGAAUGAUCAACAUUUACCAAGGUCAUCGGAUCCUAGUGAAUCAAGUACCAUCUCUACUCUGGAGCUAUCACCAGCAGAACGACAGGAUUUGCAGAACAAGAAGACCAAACUUUUGUCCAUGUUGGAUGAGGUAGAUAGAAGAUAUAAACAAUAUUACCAGCAAAUGCAAGUUGUGGUGUCAUAUUUUGACAAGGUGGCUGGGAACGGGGCUGCUGGACCAUACACUGCACUUGCUCUCCAAGCAAUUUCCCGUCACUUCCGCAGUUUGCGUGAUGCAAUCAAAGGCCAAAUUCAAGUGACACGGAAAAGACUGGGAGAGCAAGAUUCUUCAUCAGAUGGUCAAGGAGGAGUAAUACCCCGCCUUCGCUAUGUGGACCAGCAGCUCAGACAGCAGAGGGCAUUUCAGCAGCUUGGCGGAAUGCAGCAUGCUUGGAGGCCUCAAAGAGGACUUCCGGAAAGCUCUGUUGCAAUCCUUCGUGCUUGGCUGUUUGAGCAUUUCCUUCUUCCUUACCCAAAAGAUUCAGAAAAAGUUAUGCUAGCAAGGCAGACAGGGUUAACCAGAAACCAGGUUGCCAACUGGUUUAUCAAUGCAAGGGUACGUCUUUGGAAGCCCAUGAUUGAGGAGAUGUACAAAGAAGAAUUCGGUGAUUUGGACAUGGAUUCGAAAUCUUCACCAGAAAAUGUGUUAAAGGAAGAAGCAAGAGCUGAAUUCUCAGCAUCUGAGGACAGGAAAGAGGAGUUGCAGGAAAGCAUGAUAUCUGCAACUGCUGAUAGUAAUGAACCAGGGCAAGUGCAGAAGUCUGGUCACAGUCUCAACCAUAAUGCUGUUGCCACAUAUGACAUGUCAGGGUUGGAUCAAUUUGCAGUCGGCAGCAAUGAGGUGUCACUUGCAUUGAAUUUGCGACAUUGCGAAGAACAUGAUGGAUUUCCUUCAUCUACUGGAUCCCAUGUAAGAGUUCACGACGACGCGGCAGCUUCUUUGGAUUGUCAUUAUGAGGAUCCAGAGCAGCAACAGUUAAUACAGGUUUGGCAAUACCCACCCGUUACAUGAUUUUGCAGUCCGAGAGAAUUGGUGCCUCCAACAACUUUUUGGGUGGUAAGUGGUCUCUUUCAAGACAAGGGUCGUUGAAGAACAAAAAAAAAAAAGGAAGCAAAAACAGAAUGCUUGUUUUGUUGCUUGAGCUGUGCCCAAUUCGCUUGCCGAUAGUUGAAAGAGAUGGAAACUGCUGCUAGCAUGGGGGAUUGUAGAUGUAGAUGCGUGUAUAAUACCAACUUGUAAAAUAACAGAGAUUGGUUGGUGGAAGAGCCUUAGGCAUAUUUGUAAAGUAGCUUUGUAAAGAUACGAUGAAGCAUUAUCUUGUGCAUUCAUUGAAUAAGGAACUUGAACAGCAUCAAAUGUAUAAUCUCUCUUUUGGAAAUAAGUGUGAUACAAGAAUUGCCUGAU